AUGGCGAUGCAGCCACCUGCUUGCAGUUAUCCUCUGGAAAAGGACGAAGACACACCUGAGGAAGAGAGGCACCUGAAGGCGGAACUGGAACAACCUCAGUGUGGUCGGGAGAACAGCAAGUCUGACGGCGUCCCCUGGAAGCUUCCAGCAACCGGGCCUCUUAGUGGCGUGGAGAAGACGGAGCCAUCCUUCCCAGAGGUGCAGCGCCCAGACUGCGGGUCCUCUCCUCGACCCCCCCUGGAAAGCCUGUCCAAGGCACUGUCAGACCAGGGGAAACUUCUCCACUUUGACCGGCAAGGCCCGGGCCGCUUGUCUACCUCGCCCACAUUGAGGAGGUUAAGGGGCUGCAGCUGCGGGAGCGUGCGCACGCAUGCGCACGGCACUGCGCAUGCGCCGCCUCAGCAGGCGGCUUUGGAGGUUACCACCUGGGGCGGCUGCAAGGAGCCUUCCGGCUCCCCGCAUCGCCUUUCCAACGGCCUAUUUGGAAGCCCAGCCCACUCCCUGUGGCCCCUGCGACUCCACUCAAGAUUGCCUCCGGACCCCGAAAGGGCACUCAACGCAGCCGACUCGUUUGAGCUCCAAAUGGCGCCCAGUGAUGAGCUUGCCCUUCCCAUGCUUCAGCCCCUCAACGAGGGGUCGCUUCCUCAGGCCUCCCUUCCACGGAGUGGAGGCCAGCCAGCACCCAGCCGCGCCCCACAGCUCCCCAGGCCUCAAAGAGAAGAAUUGCAUCAGUCCAGAUUCUACGAGCACAGGAGGAGUUCUGUGGUGCUCAACUUACCUGGACUUGAGGUGUUCCCCGGGGACCUUCUGGUGUCAGAUGGAGCUGCCGAUUACCUGUGCCACCCGCUUCUGCUGCUGAAUUCAGAAUCCAAAAAGCCAAGAUGGCCUUUCCCCAAGAGAGGAGUGCGCAAAGACAAACACAAGCACACAUCUGAUCUGAAAGACUGCCUCUCCUCUUGGAAGAUUACAGACUUCAGGGGCUAUGAGUUCCACAGACUGAAGGAUAAGACCUGGAAUGAAGUCAUGGAAACACAUCAAAAACUUCCUACUAAUCAAUUAGACUUGAGAAAGCAGCAAGAGGCUGUGUGGGAACUCUUCACGAGUGAAUGCACUUAUUUCUUGGACCACUUAUUAGUUCUUAAGAUGAUCUUCAUGAAUACAUUAAAAUACCGACAGACUCAUGAAUAUCUCCUGGAUGUGGAUUUAUGGGGACUUUUUGCAAACCUGGAGGAGUUAAGUCAGACAAGCUUUGGUUUUGUGAACAGUCUUUUCCACAUCUUCAAGGACUAUGUCGACACUUCUGAGACUUUACCAUCGUUGGAUUUCAUUUCCGUGCUCACAAAGUAUUUCCGAGGCCUGUGUCAGAGCCACCGGACCUACUGCCUGAAUUACUCAGCUGCUGUCUUUUAUCGUGAGAGUCUGAGGCAGAGAGAGGACUUCGGAAUUUAUUUAAAAUGGUGUGAGCAAAAUGAACAGUGCAGACACCUUCACCUGCCUGAGCUGCUAGUGGCCCCACUACACAGGCUGACUCAAUACCCCUUGUUGCUGAACAUCUGGAAAAGGAAUACAGCCUCUACGGAGAAAAUCAUGAUCUACUCCGUCAAGGAAAAGGUGGAAAAGUCAAUCUGGGAUCUUGAAGGAAAAGUGAAGUGGCUUGACAAUUUUCAAAAAUGCAGACAUCUACAGGAGAUUAUAGUGUGGCCUCCACUUUGGGAUAGAGAUUAAAGGUUUUUCAUUCCAGAGUGCCUGAAACACAUUUUUAAAGAACACAUGGCAGAAAACAUCCUGUCACCAACCAACAGACACCUUCUCUAUGAAGGAAAAUUAACUCUUGCAGAAAGCACAAGAUUCCUAGAUGUUUAUCUGUUUCUCUUUGAUGAUUUCCUCUUAGUUACGAAAACCAAGCGCAACAAAAAGAAACUUGGAGGCUCAGACCCUGGUUCAGUGUGCCCUUCACUUACUCCUGAGCUACAAACAGUAAUCAAAGAAGGUGGUUCAUGUAUGGUACUCGAUCAGCCCAUUCCACUAGACAGAUUGGUUGUCAGAGGUCUCGAUCCACUCCACAUGUCAGUCUUUGGGCUGAGAAAUUCUUUCCUCAUACAACAUGAAAACAGCUAUCAACAGUGUAUAGCAGCAUUCUUAUUACAAGCCCAAACAGAAAACAUCAAGAAAACAUGGAUUGCACAAUUAACAGCAGCAAUCUCUUGCUUCACUAAGAGUCAGGAAACCAAGAUGUCCUUAUUCACUUUGCCUGCAGAAUCCUCAGAAAUUUAGGGACCCAAAACAAGUGGCACACCUUUUUAGACAUUAGGGAUUAAGGUAUUCUUUCAUUCAAACUUGUAACACUUACCUAGUGAUGAGCUAAAAGAAAAUGUGCAUUUUAAAGAAGUUCCAGAAUUUAAGCUAGGAAAUUCCUCAGCGUAGAGUAAUAAUGGCUGCAACAAAUUUGAACCGGAAAGAAUUUCUUGGUAAGUGUAUACAUGCUGAUAUCCAGACUACGUUAUAAUGCUUCAGUCAGGCUUGCAAAAGGGGUGAGGGAAGUAUGAUGCUAUUAUAAUUCGUAAAAAGUGAAUGAUCAGGUAAAUGCAGUAUCGGGAGGAAAACAAUGCCCACUGCUUGCAUCUGAUAUGACUUCUAGCAUCUUACUUUGUGUAUAUCUGUAAUGAAACCAAGUUUCCUACAUGACUUAUAAAUCAGCCUUACUGCUGUACAGUCCUACCUGAUACAAAGUUUGAUUGCUCUUUUAACAUACUAAGCAAUGAAUAAUAAGGUCUCCAUCUUAGUAGCAGUUUUUAAAUUCCUAGUCGCCAACAGUUUAUUUAUCUCAGGUAUACUUUAUAUAACUCUUAACAUGGAAGGAGAAAAUCCCAAAGAUGAAAUUCCAUUGUUUUAAGAAAGAAAAAGCAAAUACCUGUUCCAGUUUCACCAGUUAACAGUUUUACUUGGGAAAUUUCAUAGAAAUAGUAGGAUAUCUUUCUCUAAAUCUCACUUUUUGAAGAACAGUGGAGUUUGUCAUAAAACUUAUUUCUGGUUUUGAGUGUGUGUGUGUGUGUGUGUGUGUGUGUGUGUGUGUGUGUGUGUGAGCACAGUACAGUUACUUCGUCUUAUUUGGCAGGACUUGAAACAUCAUUAGAAUUUCUUAGAGAGCUUGAACUAUUAUCAUGGUGGAAUAUACUAUUAACUGCAUGUAAGGAACUAGUUCUUAUAGUCAGAUUAUAUCAAAAGGAAAUCCACAGAUUUCAAUUUCAGACAUGGUACCUUUUGCAGUUUCCAAAAUGGAAGUGGUAAGUUUAUCAACUUGGACUGCAAGACGAGUGAUACCUUAACUGAUCUCCUUAAGCUGGAGAAUGGGAUAGAAAGGAUGAUGCUUGGGCAAGUCACAUGCACAGUUAAUUCUUUGAGAAAAAUGUGAUUUCACCAUGUAAACCAGGCAGUAUAGACAAGUGCAGCAUAACAGUUCUGUUCAAGGGCCAAGCACCAUUAGAAUGGAGGGUCACAGCCCAUGUAUAAUAAUGUCAUAUUUAUUAGGAGUAAGUGAAAAUGAAAGGAAAAUCAGGAAAGCAGUAACUAUGGUCAAUGCCUAAGAAUAAAUGAGAAAGGCAAAGUACAGGAGAACAAAUUUCAAGUGAGUUCUUAGAGAUGAAAAAUAUGUAUUUUUCUAGAAAAAAAUUAACAAUUGUCUUGCAAGGAUUUCUAGAUAUCAGCCAACUUAGGAAAAGGGCAAUGGACUAGGUGAUCUCCCAAGAUUCCUUUUAGUCCAAGUCCAGUAAACAUAUUUGUUUAUAUGUAUAAAACUAUUUUUUCCCUUAAAUCUCAUUAAAGGGAGAAAAAGAUUGACUAAAUUAACAUGUAAAUUUAAUUAGUUAAGAUGUAAAACAGCUUUAAAAUAUUCAAUAUGCAAAGAAAUAAUUAGCACUUCUAUGUUCACUGCAGCACUAGUCACAAUAGCCAAGAUGUGGAAAAAACCUUCAUGUUCACCAACAGGUGAGUGGAUAAAGAAACUCUGGUACGUACAUACAGUGGAAUUCUAUUCAGCCUUGAAAAGGAAAUUCUGCAAUAUGAAACAACAUAGAUGAACCUUGAGGACAUUAUGCUAAGGGAAAUAAGUCAGUCACAGAAAGACAAAUACUGCAUGAUUCCACUUAUAUGAGAUUUCUAAAAUACUCAAAUUCAUAGAAUCAAAAAGAGUGGAAUGGUAGUUGCCAGAGGCUGGGGGUAGGGAGAAAUGGGGAGUUACUAAUCAAUGGGCAUAAAGUUUCAGUUAAGGAAAAUGAGUAAGCUAGGGAGAUCUGCUGUACUGUACGCUUUUACAAGAGUUGUCAAGAGGGUAGAUCUCAUGUUAACUGUUGUUACCACAAGAUAAAAUUUAGAAGAAUAUACUACUAUGUAUUUAAAGUGAAAUUCUAUAAAGCUCACAAAAGAGCAUAUCUAAUAUAUAAUAUAUUAAGUGCCUGAGGAUAUACAUGUUAUUCUCUUCAGAGGGAAACACAGAGUAAAAUGAAAAAUCACGUCUGGAACUUUGGUUCCCAGGGGAAAAAAAAUCAGUAAAAAGCAAUGGUACAUUGAGCCUUUAAAUGGUCACCUGGGUAUUAAAUGUACAAUAAAAGGAGAUUAAUAUUAAUAUUUUUUAGUUUUGUUAAUUUUUCUCAGUAAUGAAUGAAAUGAAAAGGAGAUGUCUCAAGCAAAAUAGCAUUAGUAAUUUCUCUUGAAAUAUGAACUUAAUUACUAUUCUUAGUUGAACAUUAAAGCACACCCCUUGUGAGGUUGGGAUUGACAUAGAUUGACAUAUAUAUAUAUAUAUAUAUAUA